CCAAAGCCGGGAACACCAAGAAGGUGGAGGAGGAGGAGGAGGAGAUAGACAUCGACCUGAACGCGCCCGAGACUGAGAAGGCAGCGCUUGCCAUCCAGGGCAAGUUCCGUCGCUUCCAGAAACGGAAAAAGGACCCCAGCCCCUGAGCAACUCUGCCACCCUGUCCCCACCGUCCCCCAUCCCCCCUCUGCCAGCACAGCCCGGCUCGCCCCGUGUUUGCUCGCUCCUGCCCUGCCCAGCCCAGCUUGGGCUGUUGGUAUUUUGCACGUUCUAUGUACCUGGUUUCGGGGGACGAGGGGCUCCCCAGACCCAGCUGCACCCACAUGCCGAGCUCCUGCCUGGGAAAGCGGGGCGUCCUCUUCUUAUAGCCAUGAUGUUGGCACGGCAGGCUCCUGGUGCCAUCCUCACAAAGCCAUGAAGGGGCCACGGGCCCCAGGCUGGACAGUGCCUCCUGGGGGCCUCGGGCCAGGGUAGGGGCAGCCCUGGGAGAGUCCUGGGCUGGAAUUCAGAGCCAGUCGGCCAUAACUGCCCAUUAGCCCUGGCUAAGCCAACUCCUGUCAGGAGGGGUUCUGCUCUUGAGCACCCCCCAUCCUGAGUGGACACCCCUGAGCCACCCCACCCUGACCUAAGGGGGGGCUGCCCCUUAGCUCCCCUACACCCCCAUCCUGAGCAGCUUCCCAUCAACCCCGACCCAUGGGGCCACCCACUCCCACCAGGGACCCUGACUGGGACAGCCAGAGACCCAGGACCAGAUGCGGGGUGGGGGUACAGAGCCAAGGAGAGGGUCGGGAAGGGGCCCAGAGCCAUGCAGGGGGAGGGGAAGGGCCAUAAAGCCAGAUGGGGGGGAUCAGAGCCGAGUAGACCCAGGACCACGAGGGGCAGGCAGGGCUAGUGGGUGGAGGACAGGGCCUAUGGCCAGGCCAGGAGGGGGAAGGGCCCUAGGCGGGGUGUGUGUGCUGCAGGAUGCCCCCAGUCCCGUGGGACCAGGCCUGAAUUGCAGAUAAACAGGGCAGGCCCCACCAAAUUUCCAGGCUCUCCCAGGGCCAGGCAGGGGAGGGGGUCUGGGGCCAGGAGAGGGGCAAGGUCACCUUUCCCUCCAGGAUUUUCUUAGACAACACGGGGGCCGGAGGCAGCUGGUGACCCCUCCCCUGGGCUGGUGUUGCCUGGAGCCGUGGACAGAGGUGACCGUGGGGUGGGGGGGAAUGUCCAGGCCCUGCUGGGGAGCAGGAGCCAGGCUUUGAUCUGCUCCGGCCGGGUGCGGAGCUCCUGCUCUGAGCCCCACGUAGCGAGCACACGGUGUGUCCGCACCGGCUCCCUGGAGAACCCUCCCCACUGCGAACAAGGGGGACUCCCCCCAAGUGGAAACACCCUCCCCCAUUGGGGGACAGUGGGGAUCCCUUCCCACACAGAGAACAAUGGGGACUACCCCCCAAACUAGGAACAGUGGAGACCCAUGUCCCCCAUUGAGAACAAUGGGGGGGCUCCCCCCCGUGACUGGGAACAAUGGAGAUCCCCAUCCCCCCACUGUGAACGAUGGAGACCCCCUGUCCCCCAAUUAGAACAAUGGGGAUACCCCCCUACUGGGAACAAUGGGGACUCCCUUCCCCUCCCCCACUGGGAACAAUGGGGAUUCCCCCCCCCCCAACUGGGAACAGUGGAGACCCCUGUCCCCCAUUGAGAACAAUGGGGCCUCCCGUCCCCUCCCCCACUGGGAACAAUGGAGACUCUUGAGCGCAAUGAGCGUGGCUGGGUGCCAAGGUGUGGGGAGGGGGAGGGCACUGGGGUGCUAGGGAUUGGGGAGCAGGGCACAGCUGUGAGCAGGAGGAGGUAGCAGAAGGCAGCCGGAGUGAGGGGGUUGGUGGGUCGGAGAUGAGGGCUGGACAGGGAGAAAGGAACAAGUGAGCCAGAGCCGGAGGGGGUGGCAUUCCCCAGUGGGGCUAGCAGAGGGGAGCUCCAGGCACUGGGAGCCCAUGGCACUGCACCCCGUCCCUCCCAAUUAAGAGAGGCACUGAGUCCCUCCCAGCUUAGGCAGGAGCCCUAGGGGCUCCCCUCCCCCCCCUUCCAGGGCCCCAGUCCAUGCAGCGUCUCAGCCGCCUGUCCCCCUCCACCCGUGCCCCUCUCAAGCGUUGGGCUGACACCGUCCCACCGCUGUGCCUCCUGCUGCUGGCACAGCCCCCCAGCACUGUAAGGCCUCGGCGUUCCCCAGCAUUGGAUUCAACCCGCCUCCACCCCCAGCCCACCGGGAGCUGCAGCCUGAGCACCAGGGAGCGCCGUGCAGCUGUGCGUGAUUGGAGGGGCCAGGCCGCACCGUCCCCUGGCCGUAGCACUGGGGGGGACGAUGUGGCCCGCAGGGCAGACACAGCUGCUGCGAGGACUGGCUCUUUUAGCAUGUUUACGUAAUAAAACG